AUGUCUUUGAAUGGGCUCGACACUGCCCCCGUCCUCGAAGCCUACCAAAGUGCCCUGGCCGACGCGGGCGGGUGGUUUUUACUACACUAUGUUGCAAGAGAUGAGGUUGCCCUUCACGAACGAGGCACCGGCGGGGUGCCCGAAAUCAGGAAUGCCAUCGACGGCUAUGAGGAAUGCUCGCCGCUCUAUGGCUUCCUUCAAUACCGGCGCAGAAAAGUGAUCAUCCGCUACAUGCCGGAGGGAUUAUCCCGGCUCAUCCUCGCCCGAAGCAAUGUCCAAUUCCAGUCCGUCACCGACAAGUUCACUCCCAACGACACCGUACUUCCUCUGUCCAAAGCCUCCGAUCUCACCGAAAGCGCCUUGUCCUCCGCCUGUCUCCUCCAUACCGCGUCGACCUCAAUUACUUCUUCUUCGAGCUCUCUGCGCCGCCGCCGGCUGAUGGAAAUCACGGAAGACGCCGAAGAGAACGGCACGAAGGAUGAAUCUCCGACACCAAUCCCACCUCCCCAGUCGGAGGCCCGACGCCGACCAAGGAGCGUCAAGUCGGAGGCUACUGUGGUGCCGUCGCCCAUUGAACCUCCCGUGGAACCGGAACUACCUCCGACAUCACCAGAAAGCGAAAAAGCCUCGGUCGAUCUCAUGCCACCCCCAUCCCGGGCGAGCUCCAGAGCUACAAUCUCUCGAGGGAGUCCCGUCGAACCACAAUCCGCGACCAUGUCCCCCAAGUCCAUAAAAUCAGACCGCUCUCGCUCCAGCUCUAGGUACCGAACUAUAUUGGAUGAGUUCCCCCGACCUUCAGAAGAGGCCCGGUUGUCCACUCAAUCCAGUCGCCCCUCGCUCCGAGAUUUGGAACGGGCCGCGGGAUACACCCCAAAGGUUAAGCUGGGACCCCGACCGUCCGUGGAUAGCAGUGGGAGACCCCGUACAGCAGGAAGUUCUCGAAAUGUAGACCAGCGCCCCGUUGCAUCCCUGCCAACAAAUAUGCGCACUUCUUCCGUGCGGAAGCAGAACGGUGACGCGCCCCGCCCUCGAUCUCAGGGGAGCACUUUUGCAAAUAAGCCCACUAGUCGUGUUCCGCCAGUCCCACCUUUGCUGGUUCCACCCCCCUCUAUUCCUAUCUCGCGACCUCAACUUUCUCCUGGUGCCAAAUCUCUUGGAGCGUUGUCGACAUCCUCGGGAUUGACCCCUGAGAAAGAACGUUUGAUGAAGGCUUUGCAGCAAAGACGGAAGAACAUGGCCAAACGUGCGGAGGAAACAAACAAGAAACAGGUUUUUGAGGAAGAGGUCAAACCAGUGAAGAAUAUCGCCGAGGAUCUGGAUGAUGAUAAAGAGAAUCUCAUUCAGAUUCACUAUCCUGACGCUGACAUGAUGCUGUCUGAGUCCGAGACGAUUCAUCAAAACCAACGAUUCCCUUUGGCAAAUUCACCCGUACCUCCUGAGCUUGCCCCUGCCCCUGAGCUUGUUUCCGGGUCUACUCUUGAACCCGCCUUUGAACCUGUUCCUGAGACUGUUGUUGUAUCUGCUCCUGGGCCUGUCGUUGAGACAGUCGCUGACCCCAUUCCUGAACUUGUUUUUGAGCCUGCUAUCGACGCAGUUGCUGAGCCCAGCCCCGAGCUUGCUCCUGAGCCUGUUGGUUCAUCUUCCGAGGCCGCUCUCAAACCAGUCGCCGAACCUGUUGCUGAGUCUGCUGUGACCCCUGAGCUAGAGCGCGAAUCAGAACCGAUCGCCGAUCUUCCCUCCGAUGUCGAGGAUCGGCCAUCCUCAUCAACAGUGACAAAUACCGACAAUCCUAUCUCCGAUCGCGCCGCAGCUUCGGAGAUUGUCAAGCAAACGCUGCAGACAACCCCUGAGGAUGAAACGCGCCCUGAGCAGGACCCCGCAAUGCCCAGUCUCGCCCCACCUACCUUUAAUCUUGACGUUCCACUUCAAUCUGAGCCUUCGGACGCUUCGCGACCUGAUUCAGACGCCCCCCAAACCCAUCUCGAAAUCCCUUCAAUUGCACAUGUGCCAACUGGCGAGCCUUCUGAGGUACCUAUCUCAGCAGAGGUUCUUCAGGCGGUUCCCCUCCCCUCUGCACCCUCUGUCACCCCCCAGAAAGCACUAGGACAGAAACCCCAGCCGCCGCCGUUCGCGCCUCAACCGAGACGCAAGGUUCGCCUGGAGCCCAUCCAAGUGCCUACUCCAGAUUACUCGGACGACGACAACCUCCUUUCCGACGAUUCAUUCAUGGAGGAACUUACCUCAGCGACUGUCCAGGAGGCUAGACCAGUAUCCGUAAAAUCUCCCAGCGGCGCCGACCACGCCUGGAGGAACUCACGGGCCGUCUCAAGCCCGUUCUCUAUGGGAUCACCCUCGGGCCUGCAAGCUCUCGCAGUGGGCCGAUCCAUUUCCAGCUCUCACUCUGAAAAUGGCCCUUCUACGCCGAUACUCAUGGCCAAGAAGAUCAAUGUCUCCUCUGGAAUUUCCAGUCGUAUCAAGGCGCUUGAAAAGUUUUCAAGCCGGGAAGGCACUCCCAUGGGCGCGAGUCCGGCUAUGAGUGGGCCAUCGGCCGCUUCGUCUUUUGAGAACCUCCGCAAACGCGCAUCCAUCUCGGUGCCAAGUGGAAAUCAUGACACCAAUCCACCAAGCACAAUGUAUUCUGCUCACGCCUCCAACAGCUUUUCCCGUGCGCCGAGUAUGAGUCGGCACGACCGUCGGGUGUCCGUAGAUGUCCCACGUCCUGCUAACUCCGUCUCCGUGACGGCCCGUAUCUUGCGCGAUGCAGAUACCUCUCCCGGGUCUUCUGGGCUUGAGCCCUCGGAGUCCGAUGUUCUCAACCUCCAGGCUAGUCCUUUGACCGUGGAGCAUGAGACAUCCGAGGCACCACUCCCUCAGAUCUCACCUAUUGAGCCUGCAAGUCUUUCCCAGGACCGAAGCAUGUCUAUCUCGUCUACUACAUCUAGUCGCCAAACGACGUCUCGCCCCGGCAGCCGCCCUGAAAGCCGUCCCGGAAGUCGCCCCUCUCUCAACUCGCGCUCCAGGACUGACGACAGCAUUCAAUCUGCCUCCCCCACACCGGAAGAUAAGAAGGCAUCUCGCACCUCGCGACUCAUGCGCCGCAUGUCAUCAAUCACAUCCAACUCUCGCCGCAGCAUUAUCGGAGCCCUUAGCUCGCCAGUCAAGGAAGAGGAGAAUGUUUCUACCUUCACAAAUGGGUCCAGUAAGGCCCCAGGGUCUACUAGCUCGCGUACUUCCGAGCCCGUUGACAUUGGCGAGGUGAACGUCCAAUUUCCAGAAACUCUUCUGUGGAAGCGUCGGAUCAUGCGCAUCGAUGAAGAGGGAUACGUUGUUCUCACCCCUGGCACCAAUGAUGCCACCACCCGGAGCAUGACUAAACGCUACCACCUCACCGAGUUCCGCACUCCUUGUCUCCCUGAUGAAGACAUGCAGGAAUUGCCCAACAGCAUCCUGCUUGACUUUUUGGAUGGCAAUACGCUCCAGUGUGCUUGUGAAUCCAGGCAGGGACAAGCUUCCGCUCUUCAGACUCUCGUCGAGGCCCACAGUGCCCACCAGCAAUAA